AACUUGGCUUCCUGCUCCUUGUUGGUCUCAUCACUGGCCCCAGAGAACCAAGUAACCAGAAUCCCUAUUCGGAGCGACUGGUGGACGAGCUGCUCCUCCUGCUAGAGGGAGUGUGGGCCUUCGACGGACUCAAAAGGGAGGCCUUCAAGUUAAAGGCAAAGGUUCUGUUAUACGUAAUGGACUUUGUCGGGCUGUGCAAGUGCGCAAAGUCAAAGGGACCCGGUGCGAUCACCCCGUGCAGCAAAUGCUGGCUGAAAGGUCGGUAUUGUUUGUCUGCCUAUAGACAUGUAAAGUAACUGUGUGGGUAAAGUCGGAUUUUUUUCUAGAAUUGCGACUCUUUGUACCAUUUUGCAUAAACAGUGUAACAUGUUGCUAAUUGUUCUCAUUCUCUAGGGAAAUACAGUCCUACCCUUUCAAAGACUGUCUACACUGGAGCAAGGCGAUACCUGGCCCAAGACGACCCCAUGAGGCAGGACGCAGUCAACUUUCCUGACAAAGCUGUGGAAGACCGGGGACCACCACGCUUCCGCACUCCAGAGGAAAUGGACAUCAUUUCUGAACUCUGCAACCCAGAGACCACAGUUAUGUCCAAGACCCUUCUAGCAAAGGUGCAGAAGGCUGCGGGAAAAACCGGGAAAGAAGAGUGGCGCCGUCUCCCUACAUACAGUCAUGAAAACUACGUAGUGGACAUGAUGCACACUGGCACGGACAUUAUCCAGAAAGUCCACGGCGUCAUGUGUAGCAAUGACGACACAAAAGCUGUAAGGGAGGAAGAGAGCCGCCUGGGCCGCUUUCCGGAGUGUCGGGAGCCGAACGAGGAGGAUCAGUGGGAGGACGUUGUAGAGCCAAGCCAGGAAGAGAAUGGGGCAUCAUCAAAGAAACAGAGAAAGAGGGGCAAAGCACAACAGAAAACAGGCGACAAACUGAAGCCAGGACCAUGGACGUUAACGAAAGCAGAUCAAAAGAAGGCCGACAUCCGGAGUUCAGCCGUCAAAGUGCCUGUCAACUUUGGCUGGCGCCCGCGGCCAUUCUUCGAGAAGAUCUCGAAUAUGAAAUCGCAUUGUUGGAAGCAGAUCUUUUCACAUGGAAUCAUGAAGUACUGUGCCCGGGGCUUCAUGAACGACAAGCAGCGCGAGACGCUGAACCUGCUGUGUGACGUCCUGUCCGCUCUAUGUGCCCCCUGUGUCAACAGGUCCAGACUACCAGACCUCAUCAGAGACAUACACAGAUGCCUUGCUCGGCUGGAGCGUGAUUUUCCGGUUUCUAUUAUGACCGCCAUUGUACACUGGGUAUCACACAUCACACCUUACAUCUCCGAGUAUGGGCCGUCGAAAACCUACUGGAUGUUCUUGUACGAGCGGAUGAACAGCUUUCUGUCGGCGAGGGUCAAGAACAGGCAACACCCAGAGGCUACUGUAGUGGAGUCUUACAGGAUUUACGACUUCGUCCAGUACAUGGCGCUAGCCGGCUUCCUGCCAGAAGGGGCCGUGCCAACGACCACCGCCCAGCAAAUGGCGUUGGUUGAAGCCGAAGAGGACGAGGACCCAGGGCCGAGAGAGGGUAAGACAGAGGUAUCCGGGGCAGGACAACACAUCCAACUCACCAAAGAACAAACAAUACAGCUAGAAGACUUCCACAUCAAGCACACUGCUAAAUACCAGAACAUCCGCAAACAGCUUAGAGCCAAGUACCUCCACAGUCCAUCCAAGUCAUCCAUCCCUUUCACCAAGUGGUCCUCCUCAUCUCCCAAGCUCAGCACUGAAGAGCGUGAAGCAAUGGCAGGGCCCUCUACACACGGGAUAAAGUACCUGCGCGCAGUGAGAGACCCUGGUAUCGAAUACCGCUGCAAAGAUGCCGAGACAAGGACGGGUUCUAUUGUGUCUUCGUACGUGGCGGUGGAGGGUCAGCAGAUGCGCUCCCAGGUUGAUGUUGGCAGGGUGAAUUUCUUCUUCAAACAUCCUUUUUGGGAGAGGAAGUUUCCUUGCCAACGUCACCUGGUUCCCGACUGCUACCCGAGACCCGGCGUCGGGACUGCUACAAUCGGAUACGACCAGACAACGAGCAGCUGCGACGGCCACGUCCUUCUGCAGAUUGUCGUAUCUAUCUCACCCACUGGUGACGGCACGGGAUCCAGAUGAUCCUAAUACAUUAUGGAUCUUAAACUUCGACAAUCCUUAUACUUGUUCCCCCCCAAAUUAGACCUCCACCAGCAAUUUUAGUUUGCCAGGUGCAUGCUCUGCAGUAAUAUAUAAUGGUGGGUUACCCUAAAAUAUAUACUUUUCUCAGUUUUGGUACUGUGGAACUGAGUUUUGAAUGGUAUAUACAGGCACCAGGCAUGCAGAUUAUAAUCUUGUAAUGUGAAAUGUAAUCUAGAUUCAUACUAUUGGCUAGUAUUGAUGCGAUUUUUCUGGAAAUUGCCCCUAGCUUCAAUCACAGUUCACAUUGCAGCCUGUAGUCAAGGGAAGUCAGAAUUUAUAAGUGUUUGUUAACGUGGCAUUUCCUGAUUUGUGUAAGUUGUUUAUGUUUGUUCGUGUACAUUAGUUAUGUAAUCAGUAUGUAAUUGUUUUCAGACUUCAAUUUUGGAAUGUUGUCUGUUACUUUUCGUGACGUAUAUCCUGAUUGGAUAGUCUGAUACAUUGAUGGUUUAGAUUCAUGCUGGAAA